GAUGGGUUGUUUAGAAGAGUGGGGGGAGAAAUUGGGUGUUUUGGGGGGUUUCUGUUAAAAAAGAAAAGUAAAAACAAAGCCAACACCUACACAGGUUCUUGUAGUAUUAAAUCUGUUUCCUUGGUGACUACUUGAAGGUGUAUAUAAGGUAUACCUUAGAUUUUCAACACUUUUGGUCUGAGAAGCACUUAGUGCACUUGAUUUAAAAUGAAAGAUGAAAUUGCUGCCACGGUCUUCUUCAUCACAAGGCUGGUGAAAAGGGAAGACAAGCUGAGUAAGCAUAAAAUAGAGAAAUUUGCAGCUAAGUUGACAACAAUCCUGUUUGAGAAGUACAAGAAUCACUGGUAUUUGGACAAUCCAUCCAGAGGACAAGCCUUCAGGUGUAUAAGGAUAAACAAACAUCAGACAAGAGAUCCGCUGCUGGAGCAAGCUUGUGUGGAGAGUAACGUGGACUUCAAUAAUCUCGGUUUGCCAAAAGAGAUGACGCUAUGGGUUGACCCAUUUGAGGUAUGUUGCAGGUAUGGUGAGAAGAACCGGCCGUUCACAAUCGCACACUUUGAAGGAGAGGAGAACCCAGAGCUCCCUCAGCAGAUCAGCUAUGCUGUUGACAGAGCAGCUCUAGACUAUCAAUCUGGCACCUCUUCUGAUGAGGAGAACUUCAACAAGGAACCAAAAGCUAUCCCUACUGUCAGUAACCCUAACAGUGUCUACCAGUUUGGUGACUACUGCAAGCCACCCAUACAGCCCUGGUCUCAGUAUCUUCAUAGGAAGACAUACAUGACUGAUGGCUCAUACUAUGCCCAGCACAGGGGGUACAAAGUCUACAGGCCAACAGCUGCUUUCACAGGACCGCGUGUUGAUAGAUACCACUGGAUCAAUACCAAGCGGUAGAUCUGUGGCUGCACAUGUUAGAGGCUGUUGAAGCACUGAGCUAUGGCAUGGGAUGAAGGCUGGCACUACAAAGCUUCAUAAAAACAGAAAGCACUUACUGUCUAUUCCCUAUCUCUUACUCUGUAUAUCUGGAACUUUGGGGUUUUAUUAUGUAACUUUUUAAUGUUUUAUUAAUGUUAACAUAAGACUGAAAAUUAUUGUGAGACUCUACUUGUAAGCUAAAAAGGAAAUGCAUAUAUCAAUAAAUCUAAUCAUGUUUUUUAAAAGCUGUCUGAUCUGCUAUCAGUGCCCUAAAGGCAGAUAAAGCUUUUCAGUGAAGUCACAAGCAAGUCAAGGAAGAUUUAAA